AUGCCUAAGUCAGCGCAUCGUGUCCGUAUAGAGUUGGACAGAAAUGACACGGUUAGGGAGCUGAAGGAGAAGAUUGCUGAACACCAAGACAUGCACGGCAUACCUGUGGAUAGGAUCGUGCUGCAGUUGCAUUCAAUGAGUGAGGAAUUGAAGGACAAUGCGGCUCUUCAAGAUUGUGUAGUUGUUGAGAAUUCUGAGAUCGACGUAUUCUUGAAAUCAGCUCUUCCGGUGGCAGGUAAGCGCAAGGGCGGUAGCAGCAAAGCGCAGCUGGGAAGCCGAAGGUGCCGGUGGAAGAUUGAGAUAGAGGCGUUUUAUUCGGAUAAGGUGCACGUAUUGAGGAAGAAGCUAGACGAUUUGCAUCGGACGAAGGGGUUCCGUCUGCCGGAAGAUGGUGGUUAUUUUUUCAUUCACAGACAGAAGGUGAUGUACGAAGAGAAGUCUUUUUACUGGCACCGAGUUUGGAACGGUGACACCAUCGAAACUUUUGAUGGAUUCGUUCUUCCGAGCCCCUCCUAA